AUGGCCUCCUCUGGUUCCUUCGUCAUGAGGCUGUACCACCUGGAUUGGUAUCUUGCCGAGCCGUACGUAGCCCUCGGAGAUGUAGAUACCUCCAUCAUCACUAGCAAGCCUCUGUCUGUGUGUCCAGUCGUGCGCCUCUACGGCCAUGUAGUAUCGGCUGAUCCCGACGCUACUGUGCAGUGUUGUGUCCAUGUCCACGGUUACUACCCUAAAGUCUUAUUCAGUGCUGAAGCCUUCCAGCAGUCUGUCACUGAACGUCAAUUUGCCGAUGGCCUCGAGUACGUUAUGAGUGGCAGCGGCGGGGGCCAACGUGGGCAGCUCCCCCCUACUAUUGUCGAUGUGAAGAAAGUCCAACGUAUUGAUAUCUAUGGAUACCAUGAAACUCCAGAGAAUGUUUUCGAAGUGCGAUAUGUUGACCCAGGUGUAUCGUACAAACUUGCGCAUGCGUACAAAUCUUUGUGUGCUAGAUCUGGUAGUAACGGUAAGAUAUUCGAGCUGCACAUACCCUAUACCUUGCAGUUAGUCUCUGAGCAUGGGCUCGCUGCUGGUGCCACAGUCCACUUCAAAGCUGACGCUUGUUUCGUUCGCCCCACUGGUGAAAGGCAGUCGAAGUCCUUCCUCGAGGUCGAUGUGCCCUGUACCGCCAUCCAUAACCCCGAGGAGGCAUCUACCUCCCCCAGUUACCCCUCCUCUGCACGCCUGUCAACCUCUCAGCCUUGUAGUGGUACCCAACCUGCACCCUACCCGAGACCUUCUCCCCUGUCGGCCUCACAGUCAGCCGACUCUACCUCUAUGAUGUGUCAGCGUCUUAGAACUUUAUGGCGUAGCGAGUACGAGAGGAGCUUAGCUGAGGGCGUCUCGUUCCCCUACCAACCGGAGUCACGAGCCACCGGCCGUCCGUCCCCACAGAGUAUGCCCUGCCAUAUCGAGAACGCUACCAGGCUAGAGGCACUCCGGGAGUCCAUUCGCAGUCAGGAGGAGGCCAUUGACAGUGGGUCUCAGGGGGCGUAUCAGACGCAGAAGGCGGCCCUUGCAGAGCUCUUCGAGGUCGUAGCCGAUGCCGAUGAUCCUGACAAGAGUCCACUCCCACCACUAGGUCCAGAGCCUAAUGAGUAUGCUGAGAGUGUCGCAUCGGGGUCCUCGGUGGGCAGUGAUGUCGGGCUCGUGCCCAUGUAUACUAUCCCGGAGAGGAAGACUGCGAGUGAGGAUACAAAGGAGUCCGUCUUGGCACCCCGUAUGAAUGAGCUGUACGAGUUUACUCCAAACCCACCGUCGAGAGAAGCCCUCCUGGCAGAGUUGGACGAGGCGGUCGGCUUGAGCCCGAAGUACUUGUCGGCGCCUAAGCAGGGGGAUAGGAGGUCGAUCGACUACUGUACCCUGCUCUACCUAGAGGUAGCUAUACAGCUCCCCAGAGGUAUCGACAAAUGGGAUCCAACACUACACCCACUAGUGGCAGUGGUGUGUAUAUUGCGAGACCAGAGGCAAACCCCUCAGGAACGCACUUGGGUUGGUGUGAUCGGAGACCUCCUCAAGGAGGAAGAUGUCAUUGCCAUUGACCCUCUGGCCACCGUCGAUCAUCUCUCCUGCGAGUCUGAGCUCAUACUCGCCUUGGACCGAAUCUUCACCCAAUUCGACCCAACAGUGGUCAUCAGCUGGGACGCCUCCCGGAGGGGCAUCGUCUUCAUAGCCGAACGCGCCCGAGCCCUUGGCCUGCCCGGUGCCGAGAGUAUGUUCCAUCGAGUGUUCGUGCCUCCUGUCCCUGGACCCUUGGGGCCGUCGACUCUCUAUGGGAGGAUCACAUUAGACCUGUGGCAGACGCUACGGCAAGAGGACUCCCUCAAGUUGGCCACCACGACACUACACGGUGCAGCUAAGCAGCUGCUCGGCCUCACUCUACCGAGGAUACCAAU